AUGGAGCUUUUGCCUGAGGAUUGUUUUGCCCAUAUUUUAUCAUUUACAUCCCCUCAGGACGUGUGUAGGACCUCAUUAGUCUCAUCCAUUGUGCGGUCAAUGGCAGAUUCAGAUACUGUCUGGGAGAAGUUUUUGCCAUUUUAUUAUCAAGAUAUUGUUUCAAGUCUGGCGACCCCAUCCUUGCUGUGUUCGUCAAAGAAAGAGUUGUUUGUCAGGUUAUGUAAACCGCAACUAAUUAAAGACGGUAACAAGAUGUUCUCGAUCGAAAAAACAACGGGAAAAAUAUGCUACCUGUUGAGCGCUAGGCAACUUUCAAUUGCAUGGGGUGACAGCCCACUCUAUUGGUCAUGGAAACCAACUCAAGGUUCAAGGUUUGCAGAAACUGCUGAACUGAGAACCAUUUGCUGGCUAGAAAUCAGGGGCAGCAUAAACAGUGGAAUGUUAUCUCCUAAAACAUUAUACGGAGCGUAUCUAAAAGUGAAAUUCGCGGAUCGUGCAUACGGGUUAGACUCGUUACCUUCGGAGGUGUCAGUAGAGGUUGGCAACCACAAAUCACAAGGAAAUGUUUACAUACAUUCACAUUGCAAAAGGAACGGUAAAGCCUCUUGUUGUUCCCAUUGUGAGGCUCGAGAUGAAUGGUUGGAGAUUGAGUUGGGGAGUUUCCACCCUGAAUCAAACCAAGAAGUGAGAAUGUGCCUCAAAGAGGUUAAAGGUGUGCACUUAAAAGGUGGGCUAAUAGUUGAUGGGCUUGAAAUAAGGCCCAAAUGGUUCUAA